ACAAACAGAGAAUAAUACAAUAAUAAUUUUGGUGUUGCGUCGUGGUUUGGUAGAAAAUGCACAUGUUAUUAAUAUUAUCAUCACUUUCCCGUCGUGGUUUGGUAGUUGCAGUUGUUUGUUCUUUCUAGCCUCGCAUAACUGACUGAAACCCCCCAAAUUCUGGAAAAUUCAAUUCCAAUGGACUCAUCACUCUCUCAGUGGAUCCAACCAUUGGUUGCUGUCUCCAUCGGUUUCUUAAUCGCAUUCAGAGCUCACACCAAAAAAUCACUCAGCACUUCUGGUGCACUUGCCGGUUUCUUCGUUAUGGCGCUUCAUAUUUUUGUAGGAUUCAGGUUUGGUGCGAUGAUAUUUGCUUUCUUUUUUACUUCGUCUGCUCUCACAAAGAAGGGACAAGAUAUGAAGAAGAAAAUUGAUCCUGAAUUCAAACAAGGUGGACAAAGAAACUGGAUACAAGUUCUGUCCAAUAGUGGUAUUGCUUCUGUUCUCGUUGUAGCUAUAUGGGUAUUAACAGAAGGGAAGGAUCGAUGCUUGAACUCUAAAGACUCAGCUCUGAUUACCUCUCUCAUUGGUGGUGUUAUUGGUCAUUAUUCCUGCAGCAAUGGAGAUACCUGGUCUUCAGAGAUUGGAGUUCUCAGUGAUGACCGGCCUCGUCUAAUCACAACCUUCAAGCCAGUGAGGAAGGGUACAAAUGGUGGUGUGACAAAAACAGGACUUCUAGCAGCUGCAGCUGGUGGAAGUGCCAUUGGACUGUCAUAUGUUCUUCUGGAACUAUUGACAGUCAGGUGUGGGUCUGAUAGAGUUGCCAAGCAACUACUGGUUAUACCCGUCGCUACCAUAGCCGGACUAGGUGGAAGUAUCAUCGAUUCUCUAUUGGGUGCAACAUUGCAAUUUAGUGGAUUCUGCUCUAUUCGCCAGAAGGUUGUUGGAAAGCCAGGACCAACCAUUAAAAAGAUUUCAGGUCUCGCUAUUCUUGACAACAAUGCUGUGAACUUUGUGUCAAUACUAUUGACCACAAUUUUAACUUCAAUUGCUUGUUUGUACAUAUUCUAAAUUCAUUACAACCCACACUUUUGUGGCGAAAAAAAUGUUCACGAAUUCAAAAUUUGUAAUCGAAUGAUAGAAUAGGGCAACCUCCUAUCAAGCAAGUCUAUGAAAGGAGGAAGCCAAAUAAAGGGCAGAAUAGGGCCCUUGUGAUUCAAUUCUUGCAUCCAUAUAUAGUCUCAGUUCUAUCGUCCAAUGUAGAUUUGAAAAAGUAGAUUAACGCCAGCAUUAGAACGACAUUUUUGGAUGAUAA